AUGCACUCUGACAUACUGUGGCCGGCCAAUGAGGAGUCAGAGCCCUGCCCACUGCGCCAAGAGGGCUGCCAGUGUGACGACGGCCUCCUGUCUGAUGGAGUCCGCUGUGUUCCCGUGGAGAAAUGUGGCUGCGUGGUGAACGGGCAAUAUUACGGGUCGGGUACAUCAGUAUUCCUAGAGGACUGUUCGGAGAGCUGCGUCUGCCAGUCAGGACAAUUCAGCUGUAGCGCCACAAGCUGCAAGAAGGACGAGGAGUGUCUCAACAGAGAUGGAAUCGUUGGCUGCUACUCCACAGACCCUUGUGCUGAGGUUGAGUGCAGGGUUAAGGAGCACUGUGAAGUGUCAGAAGACCAAGGAGUGUGUGUUCCUGAUUCCAAGGCCUUAUGCUGGUCUGCCGGCGACCCGCACUACAAAACGUUUGACGAGUUGAACUUCUCCUUCCAGGGAACCUGCACCUACGUCCUCGUCAACACCACAGGUCUUGACCCCUCCCUGCCAGAGGUAACUGUGACCUCCAAGAAUGAGCUCCGUGGGAACUCUGAAGGCUCCUUUGUGCGUUCAACCACCGUGGAGAUGUCUGGCUACCAAAUAACCCUCCCAAACAAAGACAGAGGCAUCAUUUUGGUGGAUGGUAUAAAGACAGAGCUUCCUGUCUUUCUCGAAGAAGGCAGCAUCUCCAUCACACAAUCUGGAAUAAGAGGCAUUCUCCAGAGUGAUAUUGGCAUCGAACAGCAGCUACUUUGGGAAUGUCGUUGGGCUCUGUGGCAACUACAACGGCGACAAGGAGGAUGA